AUGGCAGUCAGAAAACGUUUCAUCAACCCUUUCGGCGGCAAAGAGUCCACCAAGGAGCAGUCUACCACAGAAGCGACUGAUGUCGAAACCCCGGCCGACCCCAAGCUUCCCCUGGAAAAGACCCACGAAUCCGAUCGACAGUCAACGAACGACGAGAUCAUCGAUGAAAAGGCCCAGUCCGGUACCCAGAAGGCACAAGCCAGUACGCAGGUCUGGACGAGGAACACUCUGAUUGCAGCAUAUGUCUUGGUCUGGGUGGUCAAUUUCCUGCAAUAUUUCAGCUCCGGCCUCCUCGGCGUCUUAUCGCCCUACAUCUACAGUAGCUUCCAGCUGCACUCUCUGACCGGCCUGACAACUGUCAUCGCAUCACUGGUCUCUGCCCUCAUCAAAUUCCCCUACGCCAAACUGAUGGAUAUCUGGGGUCGUCCUCAGGCCUUUGGCUUUUCUGUCGGAUCCUUGACACUCGGAUUGGUGAUGAUGGCCGCUUGCAAAAAUGUCCAGACAUACUGUGCGGCUCAGGUGUUCUACCAGAUUGGCUUCAACUGCAUCGACUUUUCCAUGACCAUCUUUGUUGCCGAUACCACCGCCCUCAAGAACCGUGCUUUCUGGAUUGCCUACUGCGCUUCGCCAUAUCUGAUCACACCUUGGAUUUAUGGAUAUGCUGCCAACAGGAUCCUUGCACCAGGGGGUAUCGGGUACCGAUGGGGCUUUGGAGUGUUUGCUAUUGUCAUGCCGGUCAUCAGUGCUCCUCUUUGGGGUCUGUGGUACUAUACCCAGAAAAAGGCCGAAAAGAUGAACUUGACACCAAAGAAGAGCAGUAACCGCACAAUCUGGCAGUUGGUUAUGCACUACCUGAUCGAGUUCGAUGUUAUUGGCUUGCUAAUCAUCGCAACCGGACUCGCUCUGUUUCUGCUAGCAUUUAACAUUUUCUCUUACCAAGCCCAGGAAUGGCGCUCUCCGAUGAUCAUCUGCUUCAUCGUCAUCGGCUUCCUCCUGAUUAUUUCGUUCACUCUGUGGGAGAAGUAUUUCGCCCCUGUGAAGUUCAUGCCCUGGGAACUCAUCCAGAACCGAACUGUUUUCUUCACUUUCACAAUGGUCAACUCCCUCUAUAUGGCAUGGUACAUUUGGGACAGCUACUUCUACUCCCUCUUGCAAGUUGUCUUCAACCAGAACGUCACCCAAGCGACAUACGUCUCCAAUAUCUAUACAAUUGGUUCAACCUUCUGGUGCCUCAUCUUCGGUGCCAUCCUACGCUACAAUGGCCGUCUUAAAUAUUGGGCUAUCUGCUUUGGUGUUCCACUGACAAUCCUGGGAGUCGGGCUCAUGAUCAAAUUCCGUCAACCUGAUUCGAAGAUCGGCUAUAUUGUGAUGUGCCAGAUUUUUGUUGCCUUCGGGGGUGGUACCCUGGUUCUUUGCGAGCAGAUGACCGUCAUGGCCGUUUCUAUGCAGAGGAACAUCCCUGCUAUCCUGGCUAUCGAGGGUGUUACUUCUGGAAUCGGUAGUGCGAUUGGAGGGACAAUCUCUGUUGCAAUGUGGACGGGCAUCUUCCCGGUGAAGCUGAAGAGGUUCCUUCCAGACUCUGCCCAAGGAGACUUCGCCAACGUCUAUGGGUCGUUGGAUAUUCAGCAGUCUUUUGAUAAGGGCACUCCUACUCGAGAUGCUAUUGAUCAUGCAUAUGGGGAGACUCAGCGACUGAUGCUGAUCACUGCUACUUGCCUUUACCUUAUCACUUGGACCUCCUGCUUUUGCUGGAAGAAUAUUGAUGUGAGGAAGAUGAAGCAGCAAGUGCACGGUGUUCACUUCUGA